UUAAACGUUUCCGAUAUGAUCGAUAUUUACAACGUUCUGUUAAAAUUAAUUCUUAUAUGAGUUAUAACGAAACUUUGGAUAUGUCUGAAUUUUGUGAACAUCCAGAAGAAGAUGCACGAUAUAAACUUUCUGCAUCAAUUGUUCAUGUUGGAAAUACUCCUCGAAGUGGACAUUACUACGCUUAUGCCAAAACUGCUUCUGGUUGGGUUAAAUUUAAUGAUAACAUGACAUCAAAUAAUUUGAAAUUUAUAUCUUCAAACCCUGAUACGGAAACGAAUACUUUAUCAUGUAAUAUUAUUAAACACGUCACUGAGAAACAAUCUGAUGUAUCGUUGAAUGAUAAAGUUCCCAUUAGUAUCCAAUCAUCGGUUGUUGAAAGUAUGAAUUCUAUUAAUACUGAUAUGAAAUCCAAUACAAGUGUAUUUGAAUAUGGACAAUGUCGUUGGGUUGUUGAAAGUGUUCCAUCAUUAAAUUCUUUGAAUAAUAAUUGGAAAGAGAAAUUUUCACAAGUUAGAAACAAAACAAUUCGUAAGAGACGAAAAGGAAAGUUGAGGGGUAGGGUAAAUUUACAAGAUGUCGAAAAGGAAAGUUGA